CGAUGUCUAUAAAUAAAUGCAUUUGAAGCGUAGACCUCGAAAGGAAGCGAUCCGAACAGUGAUGGGGAGUAACUCCGGAGGCCCGGCCAUGACGACCCGGCUGCUCCACGUGGUCACCGCCCUCGUCUCAACCUGCUCCAAGCGCAUGUCGCGCGCGGCCAGGAAGCUCUCGCGGCGCCGGUCUAGCAUCACCCAUAAGAAGAAGGUCACUCAGUUGAGGGUGGACGGCUUCGGCGACGCGGACUCGGAUGGAGAGCGCGAGGAGUACACGAGGGGCGACGUCGGCGUGUGGCGCCGGACGAUACUGAUGGGGGAGAAGUGCCAGCCGCUGAAUUUCUCCGGCGUCAUAUACUACGAUGCCGACGGGCGGCGGCUUUCGGAGGUGCCCACCCCGCGCUCGCCGCUGCGGAGCCCGUUGCUUUCCUUCGCUCAGAAGAGCCCGUCGACUGCCGAUUGAGUCACUUAGCGCGGUGAACACGAUUCCUAUAUGAACGUCGUCAGAAUAUCCUACGUCCUCUUUCUCUGUCUUUUGGUGUGUUUACUUCUGUCCUAUGUAAGAGAGAUUUAGAGAAAGGAUAAUUGUUAUUUGUGUGUUCUUUGAAUUGUUCGAGUCUCCUCUUUAGCUGGUAGAUGAGCCGAGCCUGAACAAGUUUUGGGCUGUAACGAAGUUGACGAAAGCUUUGAUUCUGAUGCAAAUAGGGACGUGUUUCAUGGUGGCAUUAUAUAACUA